CGCAGCGACUGCGAAAUACGGCGUGCGUGUGUCGUUAGGAGAACGAAGGUAUAUCGACGAAAGUCACGUUGAGGUUCGAUACUCGAACGUUCUGUGAAUGUGUAUAAAUAGCAUUUAAUAAUUUGAUCGUGUACGACAAGACACGAGACUCGACACAAAUAUGUCCGGCACAGAAAAUGGUUGUAAUGCCGGUGCGAUUCUGAAGAAGCUUGGCCUGCGACCAGUCACACGAUGUAGCCUUGCUAAAUUCUACGUGCCGGCAUUCGGCGCUGCUUCAUAUACUGCGAUGUCUGUCAACGUCAUGAAUCCGAGUCUCGUCAUCAAAGUAUUCCCAAGGAGAGACAUUACAAAUUUCUUAUUGGCUGGUACUUUAAUUGGUACCGCAUCGUAUAUCUACACACGUGAGCAUUUGCAGAGCGCAACACCACGUCAAAAAGUUUUGUACAGUGCUACUGGUGCGAUAUUAUUGAGCUUGGGCUCUGUUUUGCUGUGGGCAGUGAUACGUUCCAUAGUACCUCCAAAUCCAAUCUGCUGUACUGUAGCUGGUGUUGGGAGUGGAGUGGCACUUUUGAAAAUCGGAUCAAGCUACCUCGAAUUUGUUGACGGACAGAUAGCAAAAAAGUAGGCUGCUUCUAUAUACUUUUUUUUCUUUUUUUUCUUAUCUCGAAUUUGUAUCUCGGUAAAACAAAAUUGUAUUACUUUAAGCAAGGAAGCAUAGUACCUGCAAAUAUUUUCAAAUUUUAAUUAUAAGUCUUAAAUUGAUAUAUUUUGUAUAAUUAUUUAAUGCAAUAAGAAGUUGCUGAAAAUGACAACACCUGAUUUAUAAAAUGUUGGGUAACACAUUUUUAUGCAUCUUGCCGGUAUUGUUUGGAUAUGUUUUGAUGCACGCACUUUUACGUAAAACAAAAAAAUCUUUACUUCGGCUGCACAAAAAUGUUAAUGAUUCAUCGAAUGUGGAUUCAUUCUUGGUAAUUUUUCAUUGCAUAACAGAAUAAUUAUAAAAACAUAGAAACAUAAAUAUUCAGGACUUAUACUUGAAAUUUACAUUUGAUGCUUGAAGGUGCCGCGCUUCUUUAUUCAAAGUAAUACAAUUUUAUUUCGUCAAAAACUGGUUAUUUCGGAUCGACGAAAACGCGCGUAUUGUAUGUUUUAAACUGUUUUAUAAGCUAUGCAGCAUUCGUACGGAAGAUGCAUCGUCGUGUAGAUAAAUGUCACGAUAAAUGUACGAAUAUAGGAAUCACGUGUGAUAUGAUAAAAAACAGAAUCAAAUAUGUGAAUCUUCUUACCUGUCCGGAAUAAUCCUACCUGCAUUUCUAAUUUUUUAUGUAAAGAUAUAUGCAUAACAAUAUUCUAGAGAUAUAUUAUAGAUAACGAUAACUAUGAUAUUAGAAUUUAUUAAUAGAUAAUAAAAUUUAUCCGCACUAAUUGUGCAAAAUGUUCUAAAAAAAAACACUUUAUAAUUUUUACACAAAUUUCUUCGUUAUUUGUUUGUUGAGAAAAGUUGAAAGGAUAAGAGCUAAACUGUUAAGAACUGCGAAGUUGAUAAUUCUUGUAACACAAUAGCGUAGUUGCUAUUUUCUAUUAUCUACCGCGCUUUACUGAAACUGGUUCGUGUCUUUAGAGUUAUUAUCGUUUAUUUAUCAAAUCUGUUGCUCCCUCCCGCAAUUAAGACAAAUCGAGUCCAGAUAAGAGGAGCUCUUUAGAUAGUGCGAUCAUAGAACGACCAUAGAAUGGUUGUAACGUUUUGUACUGUUACGAAUUAAUUUCACCAUUGCGGGAUAUUUAAUUGUUACUUUUAACAUGGAGAAGUUUAGAUAAAAUUGAUUACUUCAUUGUAAAUAAACAAAACAUUUUGGUAUAUUGUCAGUAUAUUAAAGUUAUGCGCAAAAUUUA